AUGCCAGCACCACAAGAAGGGCAGGAACUUGCCACCAAACAAGACAUCAAGAAAUUCCUGCUGGACAUCAAGCAAAUGCUGACAGCCGACAUUGCUAUGGUUAAGGAAGAUGUCAAAGUGGUAAUGGACAGUGUCCAUGCCUCUAAAGAAGACAUCUUGGAACUGCGCGGCAGCCUGUCUCACCUGCAGGAUCCUCUCAGGAAAG